GUUAAGAUCUGAAAUUAGAAAGAAAUUGAGAUUAGAGCUGCCGUAAUUAAGAUAUGGGCGUCUUUUCUGUUCUUUGUUCUUUCUGCAACUAAGAUCUCUUCGACUUUGAUGAUGGAUCUGUAAAUCUACGAAAAUCGGUCGGUCUGGAAUGUUUAUUUGUUUCUAACUGGUUUUUUUAGGCUUCAAACAUAAUUCUUCGAAUUAGUUUUAGCCUGAGGACCUAUUAGCAAUUUGUUGUAGUUUUGAAGUUUCGAACGAUCAAGUAUGAACAAGAGGCAGUUUUGUAGUUUUCUCCAACAACAAAGGAUUUCAGAGGGCUUGCGAUGAAUAGACCAGAUGCUUCCGGCGGAAUCCACGACGAAGAAGUCUAGAUUUGAACGUGAAUUUGAAUCCGGUUAGAGUUCUUUUAUCUUUUAAGGCCGUAUUGUUUUUGGAAAAUAGAUUUUACCAAAAUUGAGGUUUGAUCUUACUGGUAAAUUGAUUGUGAUUACCUUUUAAAACUGGUUUUGUUAUAAUUAGAAAAACAAAACAACUUUACUUUGAGGAUUGUUCGAACUGCAGACUCAAGAAGUUUUUGUUUUGUUUUAAGUCUUUUUGAAAGACUUAAUGUGGACUACUAAUUUGAUUAGUUAAACUUCAAAAGUCACUACAUAAUAUUCAUGUAACUUUAUUUCUUUAUUCUAAUUAAAUUAAGUUUCUUUAAGUUUCGUUUAUAAUGAUUACAUUAUUAUUUUAAGCAUGCUUAUAUUAUUAAAUGUUUGACAAUUGUUUUGUUAUUAAUUAGAUUAAUAUUGCAUGCUUUAAUUUUAUAUGUUUGAGUUAGAUCUUGUUAGCAUAUUAUUUAAUAAUAUGUUUUAGCAUCUUGAUUAAGUAAUAAAUACCCCGCUAAAUGUUCCCCAUAAAUUAAAAUUUAAGUCUUAUCUAGGAUAACGACAUCACCCAUCAUAAUUAAAUUAGUAGAAAUAUUUUUUCAUUGAAAAAUAUUUCACCCAAGUGUUUAUUCCAUUCGACAAAAUAUAGAACUAAUUUAUAGAUACAUAUGUUUGUGAUCGUGUGAUGGUUUUGACUUACUUAAAUUAGCUCGAGUCGCCCAAAUGUCAGUGUUAAUUUAGGGAUGUCGAUCAAUUUAAAAAUUGAUCAACCAAGAAUUGCUUGGACGCAAUUCGUCUACGGACCUACCCAUUAUAUUAUUGCAGUGAUCAGCCCAAGCUGGGACUGUAAUAGUAUGAAUGUGGAUCUUGGCCACUAUGAUUGUGAAAACAAUCCAUGUUCUUUUUAUUGGGGUCAAAGAGCAUGCAAAAUAGUGGGAGCUAAAUAAUUAAAAGUUCUAAUUAUUUAGUUAAGUAGAUGUGAUCAUAGGAAUUAAUAUAUGAUUUUAAUUCCGUUCUAUUUGAACUUCUUUAGGCUUUUAGGAAUGUCGAAUUUAUCAUUGAGAAGUAUCUUGGAUACAUGCAAGCUUACUGGACCAAAAUUUCUGGAUUGGGAAAGAAAUGUGCGUUUAGUUCUUAGACAAGAAAAUAUUGAGUAUGUGUUAGACACACCGGUACCCAAGAUUCCUGAUGCCAACUCUCCUGAGUUUGCCACGUUUGACCUGACUGCUCGAGAGAAACACGUCACUGAUGUUAAAACUGUGCAAUGUGUUAUGUUGGUUGCAAUGUCUAUGGAGUUGCAAAGGCAACACGAUAGGAUAACCGCCUUCGAGAUGCUUGAACACUUGAAAAGUCUGUUUGAUUCAGAAAGUCAGACUCUAGAGUAUGAACUUCUGACAGACAUUUUCAAGUGUAGGCUUCAAGAGGGUGGCAACGUGUCUGAGCACGUCCUCAAAAUGAUUGGCUUAAUUGAAAGAGUUGCUACCACCGGAAUUAAGUUUGAGGAUCGUGUCUCAGCUGCUAUCGUCCUAUAUUCACUUCCGAGUUCAUUUACUAACUUCAUUGUGAAUUAUAAUUUGAACAAAACGAAAGCGACCAUGCCUGAACUCCAUAACAUGCUCGAGUCUUAUGAAGCCUCAACCUCCAAAGGAAAGACUGUUCUUAUGGUAAGCUCUAAUGCUAAGUCUCGUUCUAAGAACAAGAAUAAGCAAAAGAAUAAAGGUAAGGUUGGACCUACUCCUACAGCUCUGAAGCCUAAAGGUGGAGGUCAUAUGAAGCCAAACGUUGCAAAGGAUGUUUGUCUCUACUGCAAAGAGAAGGGGCAUUGGAAGAGAGAUUGUGAGCUGUAUAAGGCUAAUCUAGCCAAAGCACCGGGUGCUUCAAGCUCAGAAGCCUGGGAAACAGUGUAGCAGUUGGACUGGGUAAAAUUGACCUACGCGUGAAGGCUGGAGCAAAAGUUGCUGUUGAACGUGAUAGGAUCUUAUAGUUUAGAUUUGCCCAGUGGCUUUAGAUUAGAAUUAAAUAAUUGUUAUUUUAUUCCUUCUAUUACCAAGAAGAUUAUUUCCAUUCAUAUGUUAGACAUUAAAAGAUUUCUAUUUCCAUUUUGCUAAUAAUAAUUGUUGUUUUCGUAAAAUAGUGUUGUUGUGGAAAUGCUUUU